AUAAAUAACGACGCGUUUUCUAAUUGAUCCUUUCUUUUCUCUAUUCAAACACUAUGACCCAAGUGGCUCCUCCUCCUUCCCUUGAUUUCUCUAUCAAUGCUGAACAAGUAGAGCAAAUUACAAAUGAAAUUAUUGCCGAAGAACUUGCUACCAAUGAUGAAAUUUCUGCCUUGAAACCUGAAGAACAAACAUAUGAAAAUAUCGUUGUUCGUUUGGUCAAUAUGGAAAACAAAUUGGCAGGCAAAGCUCAACUCGUGAGUUCUUUGAGUCAAAUAUCCCCUGACGCUGCUGUUCGUGAAGCUUCUGUUGUUGCUGAAACUAAGUAUGAUCAAUUCAGUAUUGAUCAAAGUAUGCGUCACGAUCUCUAUACUGUUAUUUCAAGCUACAUUGACAAGACUGAUUUGGAAAGCUUGGCUUAUGAAGAUGCACGCUUCUUGAAAAAGAUGCAAAGAAUGUAUCGUCGUAAUGGUCUUCAUCUUCCUGAAGAAAAGCGUAACGAAUUCAAGGAACUUCGUAAACGACUUAGUGAAACUUGUAUUGAAUUCAAUAAGAACUGGGCUCGUGAAAGCAGCACUGUCAAAUUUACCAAGGAAGAGUUAGAUGGACUUGAUGAUGACUUCUUGAACGGAUUAAAGACUGAAGAAGAAAAUGGUGUUACUAAAUACAUCUUGACAAUGAAAUAUCCUGAUAUUCGUCCUGUCCUCAAGUUGUGUAAGAAUGAGAAUACCCGUAAGGUCCAUUCUACCGCGUACGAAUCUCGAAAUAAGGAAAACAUUGCUCUUCUUGAAGAAGCUCUCAAACUACGUCGCAAGGCCGCCAAAAUCUUGGGCUAUAAGUCUCAUGCGGAUUAUGUUCUCGAAGUAAAGAUGGCCAAGACUGUUGAUGCUGUUGAAAAAUUCUUGAAUGAUUUGGCUGACAAGCUGCAUGCUCCUGGAUUAAAAGAGAUUGAAGCAUUGAAGGAACUCAAGAAGGCUGAAAAAGCUUCUCGUGGAGAGGACUAUGACGGCAAACUUAAUGCUUGGGACACUAGCUACUAUCAACGUAUUCAUCUUGAAAACGAAUACUCUGUUGAUCAAGAAGAAAUCAAGAAAUACUUUAGUCUUGAAAAAACCAUCCAAAAAAUGUUGGAUAUCUAUGAGAAAGUGCUAGGUUUAAAGUUUGCCAGAGUUCCUGCUGAAAAGGCUGUUGUAUGGCACCCUGAUGUUCAAUUGUUCGAAUGUUGGGAUGCUGUCGAAGACAAGAGCUUCUCUGGCUAUAUGUAUCUCGACUUGUUUCCUCGUGACAACAAGUACCCCCAUGCUGCUUGUUUCCCUCUCCAACCUUCCUAUAUUGCCGAGAAUAACGAGCGUGUUGCUCCUAUUGCUGCUAUGGUUGCCAACUUCACCAAGCCUACUGCUGAUAAGCCUUCGUUGUUAAAGCACGAUGAAGUAGUCACUUUGUUCCAUGAACUUGGUCAUGUUAUGCAUCAUCUCUGUUCUCGCACUAAAUACGCCAGAUUCCACGGUACUUCUGUUGAAGGUGACUUUGUAGAAGCUCCUUCUCAGAUGCUUGAAAACUGGUGUUAUGAUCCUAAAUCCCUCAAGUACCUCACUGCUCACUUUCAAACUGAUGAACCCAUUUCGGAUGAAAUUAUCGACAAAAUUGUCAAGGCAAAGAAUGCCGAUGCUGCCAUGCUCAAUCUUCGUCAACUUUUCUUUGGUAUCUUCGAUAUGACUAUCCAUACAUCAGACGACGAAAGUAUUGAUACAACUAAGGUCUAUAAUGACCUCCGUGCUAAAAUAUCUUUGGUUCCUGCUCCUGAAGGAUCCUGUGGCCAAGCUGCAUUUGGUCAUUUGAUGGGUGGUUAUGACGCCGGUUAUUAUGGCUACAUGUGGUCCAAGGUCUUUUCUAGCGACAUGUUCUUUAGCAAAUUCGAAAAGGAUACGCUUUCCCCUGAAGUCGGUUUCUCUUACAGAAAGAAGAUUUUGGAAAAGGGUAGCAGCAAGGAUGGCAUGGACUUGUUGAUUGAUUUCCUUGAAAGAGAACCUUCUUCAGAGGCUUUCAUGAGAGAAGACAUUGGCGUUCAAAACUAAUAAAUACGUGUUCAAAAUCUGUUGAAUGUAGU